GGGCACUAGUAUAUAUUGCGUUAACAUCGGCAUUCUCCCAUAUCGAGUAGAUCCGUACGAUAAAGAGUCUAUAUAAAGACGCAUUUUUUUCGCAGAAUAUUUUCAAAAUGUUAACGUCUAAUAUACAUCUUUAUCUUCUAUCAUUUCUCGUGACAAAGAUAAUGUACAGCGAAGGAAAUUCAUGUUCCUGUAGUCAGCCGGAUUCAAAUUUUGCGACUGGUGUCAAUCUCAUUUAUUAUAAAUGUAAUAAUGAGACCCCAGCAACGAUUGCUUACCCUAUCACAGCGCCACAAAAGUUGUUAAAAGUGUUAGAAAAUAAACGAACAAUCUUUUACGUCUUUGGAUAUCGAGAAACUCCGGAAGUUGCAAAUGUCCAAGUAAUGAUGGAAGCACUUUGUUAUGAAAGAACGGACAAUGUUGUGUUACUCGAUUGGAGUAAACAUUCGGACGGUUUUUAUACAAAAACCUUCCAAAAGGGCGAAAAAGUGGGCAGUUUAUUCGCUCGAAGUAUGCGAUUACUUGUAAAUAGCGGCCUCGAUAGUACGAAAAUAUAUAUUGUCGCACACUCUUUGGGUGUUCACAUAGCUGGUUUUGUUGGUAAAUGCAAUGACUUCAUAAUACCUCGCAUCACAGGAUUAGAUCCUGCAAAUCCUUUAUUUUAUCCUUUCGGAUGCUAUCUCACACCUAAAGAUGCGACAUGGAUCGAUAUCAUUCAUACAGAUAGCGGAGGAUAUGGCACUCUUAGACAUAUGGGAACAGCGGAGUAUUAUGUAAACGGUGGCACACGUUUUCAGCCUGGUUGCAAACUUGGUCUCCCAUUAAGCAAAACUGAUUUUUGCAGUCAUCAAAAAUCAGUUAAACUGUAUGCAGAAUCGAAACGUCAUCCUACAGAAUUUAUUGCGGUAAAUUGUUCUUCCUAUAUUAAUUAUAAAAAGAAUGACUGCAAAGACAACCUGCAGACUAACGUUGGAUAUGCUGCAUCGAAUGUACACGGAUCAUUUUAUUUCUCUACGGGAAUUAUAUAAUAAAAAUUAUUCAUGCAUUUUUUUAGUUCGACAUUAAAUGUGACAUAAUCUGUAAUAGUUCUAUGAGCUAAUCAUAGGCACCGAAACUACUUUCACGAAAUGCCCUCGUAUUUAUGUUAAUUUGUGUUGGAUCGUAAAAUAAAACAGCACGAUCUGAACAAUCACCUGCAUCAACGUAUCAGCCUUCUUUCGAGACAAUUAUUCAACAGCUUUGAUAUUCGAAUGUUUGUCUUAAUCUGUUUCUUUAAAUAAGAAAUAAGAAAGUAGCGCAAUAUA